UGUUCUUCGGUCAAAGAAACUUUUAAAAUGAAAUUUCUCCAUAUUUAUUGGCUUUAAUACCAGUAUCGUAGUGUACUGUUCAGUAUGAUUGGCCACCUAUGAGGUUACACUUUAGGAAUAAUUUACCAAGGUAAUGGCUCUUCUCACAACACAUGAAGUGUUAGGUGAGCAUCUAUAUGCCAAGGUAGCUGUCUUGACUGAGGAUAAAGACUCACAAAAGAUAACUGGAAUAUUGAUGGAGUGUACAGAUGAUGACAUUUUGAAAAUGUUGAAAGAUGAAGAGUUGCUCAAAAGAAGAAUAGAGAAAGUCCUACAACACAUUCAGAUUGAAAGAUGUAAACCAUUAGAGAAAGACCAAGAGGAAUUGGGUGAACGGCUCUUCCCUUUAGUUGCUGAGAUAGAAAGUGAAUUAUGUGCUCAAAUAACAGGAAUGCUUCUUGAACUGGACAGACCAUCUAUAGAGUUACUACUAAAUUCUGAAUCUGACCUGGAGAAUGCUAUACAGAAAGCUAAGACUGAAUAUCUCAAACAGUUGGGUUAUGAACAGGACACUGGUACACCUCAAGAAGAGGAUGUCACCAUACAAGAGCUAGGAGAGGCUGUGUUUGAUAGAGUCAGUGAGAAAUAUCCCAAGAUGGAGGAUGCUUCUCAAAUUACAGGUAUGCUAUUAGACCUUGGCACGAAGACAUUACAAGAACUUCUUCAGAAUAAACAAGAAUUUAUGGCUAAAGUUGACCAGGCUUAUAAAAUAUUAGACCAUUCAAAAUCCUGAUGCUAAAAACACUUGCCAAUAAUGAAGGAGGAUUAAUACAGCCAGCCUUGACAUUGCAGUUCCCUCAUCACAAUUUGUGUUUUGGUUAUAUCUGGAUGAUUUAGUUGGUAACACAACAUUUAAAGCUAUAACUCAAGAAUUAAUGCUUGUAACAUUAG